UUUCAAUUUAUUUCGGCCUACAGCCUUGAAUUGUUGUUAUCGUGUCAGGUGUGUCUGUCAGUACGUAAGAUGGCCGUCAGUGAGGAAAAAUUCAUGGAGUUAUACAAAAAGGCCGAUGUUAAAAAUAACGGGUUUUUAACGGUUGUGCAACUCAAAGAUAUGAUCAAGAAGGAAUUAUGCAACACCAUCAGCGACGAAGAUGUGACGGCUAUUUUCUGUGCCAUUGACAAAAAUGGAGAUAAUAGAAUCACCUGGGAGGAGUUCAAGACAGAAAUGUGCAAGAAAGACCGAAGGACAGCGUUUUCAGAGCAGUUUAAAGCACUUGACAAGGAAGGUUGUGGGAAACUACCCAAAGGUUUGAUCUGUCAGAUGCUGAAGGAGGAAAACCUUGACGACGACCAAAUCGAAGCUAUGUUUAGUCGUCUUGAUGCCAAUGAUGACGGCGUUAUCUCUCGCGAGGAAUUUAUGGGCAUGGUGUGACGUCACUAACUACAAUCUGCUAAGGUGUAAAUGUUCUGUUAGUAAUUCAUCUCGUGUUGAUAAAAAGAACAAAACAAAAACGAAGCUAACAUAAAAUUUACAUUGUAUACAUCUUUAGGCAAUAUAAACAAAUAACAAGAUCACAUUUAAACGGUGUGUAAUUUUCUAGCUUUCCUCCUUUCUCAAUCUUUGUUGUCGCAGAACAUUUCAUAUUUUACUUUCACAAUACUCAAUGAAGGAAUAAAAUGGUCUAAAACAU